UUUUCCCAAUUCGGUCACAUCAUCCAUAUUGUUUUUGAUAGCCUGUUAAAUAAUAAUAAUUUCGUUUUACGCACUUUAUAGAGAUGUCCAAGCAGCCCUCUUUUGUGUCGCGCAACCUGGUGGCCAUCGUGAUGAUCCCCAGUCUGGUGGGGAUCCAUCUAGGCUGGAGUUACAUGCAGAACAACCGGAAACUGGUCACAGAGGCGGAACAGAUCGACAUGCCGCCGGUGACGUUUGGCAAGUUCAUGUGGAACAAGCUUACGGGCGGAGGAACCCCGGCGGAAUGACAAUGGCACCUGUAAUGAGCUUAAGACAUACAAUCUAUUUAUUGUAUAGUAUAAUUAAAACUACAUACAAACGGUA